AGAGCAAGCGUGGCUUUAUAAGAGAGAAAUGGUAACUGACAAUCUAAAGCUUCCUCCUUUUUGCUGACAUGGUUCUUCUUCUUCUUCUUCUUCCUUGGAUUUGAGAACUGUAACGUUUUUGGGUCUGUGUUGAAUUGAGCUCAUCGGAUCCAGCUAAGCACCCAAUUCAGCAUCACUUCAGAGUCACAUGGCCACAAUUGGAAGGUGAUGGCAGGAGCAGAAGCAAGGGCUGUGUGGCAGAGAACAGCUAAUCGUUGUUUUGUCCAAGAAGAUGCAAAAAGAGCUCCCAAAUUAGCUUAUUGCCAAUCCUCAUCUUCGACAACCAAGCAGGUGGAUGCUGGGCCUGCAACUGCAACAGAGGGAUUAGAUCAUCCUGGUGCUGCCUUCAUGCCUAUUAGUAGGAAUCGUUCAUAUUCCAAUCUACCCGCGGACACAAGAUGGUGGUUGCAAAUGCAACCUAAUCAUGGCUACCAAAAAGAUUUAACCCCUGAACAGUUAAAUGCAUUGGAAGCUGACAUGGAAACAUUGAGAGCUGGAUUUGUAAAACCAACAUCCAAAAACAGUGAGAUCGACCAACAUAAAGGAGAGUUUACUGAUGGUGAUUGUGUGAAGACAGGUUAUGAAGUUCAAAAGAAAGACGUGGACGCCGCAUAUGGUGAGAACAUGCAGGAACUUCAGUACAAGGACAUGAGGGAAAGAUAUGAAAAGAUGGGGAUGGACACCAUUUCUUAUGAACCAGAUCCUUGGAUGGGAGGUGUGAGGACUGAACCUUGGUGGCGGACAACUGAUAGAGAUGAACUGGCCUCCUUGGUCGCACAGAAGUCACUUGACCAUAUUGAGAACUGUGAUCUUCCCCCACCUCAGAAACUGUAUCAUAAGAGACAUCCAUAUGCUGCUCAUGCUGGAUUGUCUGACCAUGAUGGAUUAUUGGGGACAUCUUUAGACAGGAAGGCUCAAGCCAACAGUCUUUCCAAUAUGACUACUCGUGCACAGGGAUUUUCUGAUACUGGGGUAACAUUUGGAAAAUGUGGAGAAGCAGCUGAUGAAGAGCACUCUGACACAUCAUUGAGGGAUCUGAUAGAUCUGCAAAAACUUACUGAUGGUGACCCUACCAAAGCUCAGCUAAUCGAAGCACUGUGCCAUUCUCAAACACGUGCAAGGGAAGCCGAGAAGGCAGCAAAGCAAGCUUAUGCCGAGAAGGAGCAUAUUUUUAAGCUCUUCUUUAAACAAGCUUCUCAGCUCUUUGCCUAUAAGCAGUGGUUUCAAUUGCUGCAGCUGGAAACCCUUUAUGUCCAGAUUAAGAACAAGGACCAGGCAGGCUCCACUGUUCUCCCGGUGAUCCUUCCUUGGAUGUCAAGCAAAGAUCGAAAAUCGCGCAAGAACUGGCGUAGGGUUCCCAAGGGUAAAAGAAGCAGGCGGGUCGACCACGAAUAUGACAUUAACAAGUAUGCCGUUGCUCUUGCAUUGGGGUUCGGUCUUGUUGGUGCUGGCUUGCUCCUGGGAUGGACUGUGGGGUGGAUGUUACCUUCUUUCUAGGCUUUUUUAAGUAGUCCCGACCAUUUUAUGCGUCCUGUAAUGAUUGUUCAAAAUGGAAUGUGUUAGUAAGUUUCUUCCUUUGUGUAUUCCAUUAGAUUCCUGUGUAAAUUUCUGAGGUACUUGUGCAAAUUAUGUGAUUACUGGAGAGAUUCUGUAAAUUCUGCUCGAGGAUCAACAUGUGUAAUUGAGUUUGAUUGUAUGAGUUUCAUAAUUUCACCGUGUCCGAACAGACCAGAUAAUUUGUUUAAGCAUUCUAUUUACUU